AAGUGUAAAAAGUUUUGAUUUAUUUCGGGAUGAAAAUAUUGUAGUUAAGUCGUUGUUUGAUUUCAUUUUCUACAUGCUUGAUGGAAAAGUUAUUAUAUUUGUAAAAAAAAGUGAAAUAAAGUUGAUGAGAAGUGGAAGAUAGAUGGAAGAAGAUGAAUUUUUUGCAUGAAGAUUUGAGUAAUCAAAAUAAAAAUUCCUUAUUUUUAAAUAAUAACAAUUUUAAUAUGGAUAAACACACAUCUAAUUGUCCUUCAAAAAGUCCUGAUCAAAAAGCAAAUGACGAAUUUCAAAACAUCAACGAGGCGGCAGCAAAUGAUGCAGUAGAUUCAGAUGAAAAUGAAAAUCAAGUAAAUAGCGAUUCGGACGAAAUGUUUGUGAAUUCUUACGACGAUUUGCCUGUUUCGGAAGAUGAUGAUGUGCAGCUGUCAAGCCCUUCAAACUCAUUGAAUUCGGACGUUGAUCAGAGAUGGUAUGCCUUUCGUGGUCGAUGGGGAGUGAAUAUGAUGGACGAUAAUCAUAAUGACAUAAACAAUCGACAAAUGGACAAUCCUUUGCCAGUUAUAAAUCAACAACCACCACAACAACAACAGCAACAAGAAGAAGAAGAGACAGAUUUUCUCGAAAUGGAUUUCGAACCUGACACUAAUUCUGAAAUUGAAAAUGAAGCUAAGUUUUCCGAUUAUAUUCUUCCAAAUGGCCACCAGCACAACGCAAGCAAUACAAAUGCUUUUAACUUCCUUAAUCAUGCUCCCCAACUUCCUCAAUCUGAAUAUCUAUUAAACAAUCUGCCACCGUUGGUGCCAUCGUUGAAAUCAAAAGAUGAGGCGGAAAAUUUUAUUCGACCGGUGAAUAAGAAUACGGGUGCAAAGCCGAAGCAAUUAUCAUCAGCAUUAAGUAGACCGCCGCAAAGACAAACUUCAAAACAAGUCUCAGAUGGUGAUAAUAUUUUUAAAAUCACAAGCACACUCAAUAAUAACAUAAAUGAUCCAACAUCAAGUUUAUAUCUCCUUUCAAAUGGUUACAUUAAUACCACGAAUAGCAAUGACGAAGUCUACAAUCUUGGCGCUUCAAGUUCACGUAGUGCACUUCAAACCGAUACCUUUAAUCAUUCUCAUAAACACGAUGCAAAUAUUUUCAUGAAAGUUCAUAAAUCACCAUCAAAGUCAUCGAAUCAUCAUAAUCACAAACACCUUCGUCUGUUUGAUGAUCAAAAUGAUCAAUUUUUAUAUGAAAUUGAACCUUUAAAGCCAAGAAAUUCAGUCACAAUUUAUACAACAAACUGUGAUGAGAAAAUUUUGAUUGAUGCGCUGAUGUCAUUAAAUCUUGAACCAAAUCGAGAAAUUAUUUCGUCAUAUUUCAAUCGUUCUAAGCCAUCAACACUGACAACACCUGGAACUGCAAAUAACUGUGAACUUAAUCUUAUCGAUUACAUCAUUUAUCGAUCAAAAUUAAACUGCAAUUACCUGAAACUUAUUGAGUUAAUCCAGAAAUCAUGCAAAUGUGAAAGUGAAGACAGUUAUAGUGAUAAGAAAAUGGACAUAAAUUUUUAUCCUUUGGAUCUUUUUUCAACGACACCAGAAAUGAUAGAAGUGGAAGUGAAUGAAAUCGUACAACGAUGGACACCGCAAUCUGAUCUUUCACAAUUAAUUAACAUACAAAACAAAUAUUUUUAUCAAACAAAUGUUCUCGGUAAAAUCGUCAACAUAAUCAGAAAAAUCAACCAAACACCGCCAGCAACAUUCAAAGAUAAAGAAACUAUCAAAAUUCCACAGUUUUAUGUCAGCGGAUACAUCACCAUCACGACGAAUGCUGGUUUUCCUUCGUCAUCCUAAACACAAAAUUCAAAUACGAAAACUUUUGCUAUUUAUAAUUCAAAACAAAGAAACACAAACAAAAGUUCUGUAAAUAAUUCAUUAUCUAAAUUUAUUUCUCAAAACUAUUUGAUUUGCUAAAAAGAAAAGGCGACAUUUAUAUAAUUAAACGAAUGAUUCAUAUCUUGAACUAAAAUAAAAAGUUUUACUUUGAUAAAAAUUACCUAAUCUUUCCAAAGCACCUUUUCCACAAACAAACAACUUUUGUUUUUUUCUAAGCCCUGAUGAAAAAGUUUUGAGGAACUCAAUAAAAAGUGAUUUAAAAUUUAAUAACUUUGCACAGUAUUGUUUGUCUUUGGGAUUAGAAUGAAUAAUAAUUAGGUAACUUUACACUUAUUAUCGACAUGAAGCAGUCUAAGAAGUCGAAAGUUUUGCUUCCGGCGUACAUAUUAACACUGAUUGUUUAAAGCUUUCAUCAGGAAUUCUCCAAUUGGCGCGAUAAAAGAGGUAGAUUGUAAGCAGCAAGCCCCAUACACGAAUCGGGGCAAUAAGGAAUGCUAAAAAUCCAUUUUGAAUGAAAUAAAAUACAGCGAGAAGAAUCUCA